AUGGUUCAACUAUCCACUUCAGACAAUGAAAUCUUCAACGUCGAUCGCGAUGUUGCUGAGCGUUCAGUCCUGCUCAAGACAAUGUUGGACGAUCUUCCAGAAGCAGAAGAAAAUCCAAUCCCGUUAUCAAACGUGUCUUCAAAUGUUUUGAAAAAGGUUCUCGAGUAUUGCGCUCAUCAUCGCGGUGACCCUGCACCACCAACCGAUGAAAGUGAAGAAUCACGUAAACGCACGACCGAUAUCGGUGAUUGGGAUUCCAAAUUCAUCAACGUUGAUCAAGAGAUGCUCUUUGAAAUCAUCUUGGCUGCAAAUUAUUUGGACAUCAAGCCAUUAUUGGAUGUUGGUUGCAAGACUGUUGCCAAUAUGAUCAAAGGCAAAACACCCGAAGAAAUCCGAAAGCUAUUCAACAUUCAAAACGAUUUCACUCAGGAAGAGGAAGAACAGAUCAAAAAGGAGAACGAAUGGGCAGAAGAUCGUUAA